GGCGGUGGACAUGGUAUACGUGGACAGAGGGGUGGUGGUGGACAUGGUAUACUUGGACAGAGGGGUGGGGACGUGGUAUACUUGGACAGAGGGGUGGACGUGGUAUACUUGGACAGAGGGGUGGCGGUGGACGUGGUAUACUUGGACAGAGGGGUGGAUGUGGUAUACUUGGACAGAGGGGUGGACGUGGUAUACUUGGACAGAGGGGUGGCGGUGGACAUGGUAUACUUGGACAGAGGGGUGGAUGUGGUAUACUUGGACAGAGGGGUGGCGGUGGACGUGGUAUACUUGGACAGAGGGGUGGCGGUGGACGUGGUAUACUUGGACAGAGGGGUGGCGGUGGACAUGGUAUACUUGGACAGAGGGGUGGAUCUGGGGGAGGUCAAUGGUGGAGAAGGAUCUGGGGGGGGGGUCAAUGGUGGAGAAGGAUGUGGGGGGGGGGUCAAUGGUGGAGAAGGAUCUGGGGGGU